AUGGUGGACAAAGCACUGGCUCAAAGGGACUUGGCAGAGAUAUUUGAGAACUUGGAAAGGGAACAAAAAACUGAUGCACCGUACUUGAUUCAGUGGAUCAAAGAUUCAAAUCUCGUAGAUGACUCCAAGGAAGACGAUAUCCAAUUGAAAAUCAUGUUUAAAAAAGCUAAAAGCAGUCGGAAGGUCAGACUGGAGGAGUUCAAAGCGAUUAUCAUGAAAUUAGCCAAAGAAAAAUCGAAGACUUUUGAGGAGUUGACGAGGCAGUUGACUGAGGAAGGUCCUGGACUGAUGAGGGCAGCUACUGAGGGUACGGUCAAUCAAGGAAAGUACGAUUAA